AUGGGAUCGUAUGUAGACGAUAACUACGAUUACUUGUUUAAGGUAGUUUUAAUUGGCGAUUCAGGUGUCGGUAAAUCCAACCUUUUGUCACGAUUCUCCAAGAACGAAUUCAGCCUCGAUUCCAAAUCCACCAUUGGGGUCGAAUUCGCCACUCGUAGCAUUAGUGUUGAUGACAAGAUCAUCAAGGGCCAAAUCUGGGACACUGCUGGACAAGAAAGGUACCGAGCCAUCACGAGCGCUUACUACAGAGGAACAGUGGGUGCUCUAAUCGUAUAUGACAUCACCCGAAAAGUGACAUUUGAAAACGUGGAAAGAUGGCUAAAGGAGCUUCGGGAGCACACAGACCAAAACAUUGUGAUCAUGCUCGUGGGAAACAAGGCCGAUCUUCAUCACCUACGAGCCGUUCAAAUAGAAGAAGCUAAGGCUUUUUCUGAGAAAGAAAACGUUUUCUUCAUGGAAACAUCCGCUCUAGAAGCACUAAACGUCGAAAACGCUUUCACCCAAGUCCUCACUCAGAUUUAUCGUGCUAUGAGUCGGAAAGCCCUUGGCAUCUCUAACGACCCAUCGCCUGUACCGAAGGGACAAACGAUCAAUAUCGGAGGUAAAGAUGAUGUAUCUGCUGUCAAGAAAGCUGGAUGUUGCUCUAAAUGA